CAAAUAAAAGCCAUGAAAAUCUCACUUUCAAACAGACCAUGCAAUUCCUAGUUCUCAAAUUUUGACUCUCAUCACUCACUUCCAUACUUGGCGAUCGGAGCUAAUCUGUUGCGGGAAAUGCCACACCCACCUAUUUAUAGCCAAAAAAAUGCCACUCUUUUCACUAAAUUGUAUACUUAAAAUUCUUUGUAUGCUUUGAUAUAUGGAGAAAAUGCAAAACAUUGCAGCAACAAUGAUACACUGUGUUGUGUCUUUUGCCUGUUGUUUUUUAUGUCUUGCAGCUGCCUUUGUCCAGGGAUCAAUUGUAAAUGAAAGAAAGCCAUAUAUUGUAUACAUGGGAGAACUGCCACAUCAUGGAGCCAGGAUUUCUGCCAUGGAUGAACAUAAUAAUCUGCUCCUGAAGGCAGUUGGAGAUAAGAAUAUAGCCAGAGAAUCCAAAAUAUAUAGCUAUGGAAAGAGCAUCAAUGCGUUUGCUGCAAGGCUUUUGCCAGAUGAAGCAAAGAGACUAUCAGAUGAAGAUGGAGUUGUAUCAGUAUUUGAAAACACAAGGCGCAAACUUCUUACAACAAGAUCAUGGGAUUUUCUGGGAAUGCCUACAAGUUUAAAGAAAAGGAACGCCGUUGUAGAAACCAAUAUCAUAGUUGGUGUAUUGGACACUGGUAUUUGGCCGGAAUCCCCCAGUUUUAAUGAUACAGGUUAUGGGCCUCCACCUGCUAAAUGGAAGGGUAAAUGUGACAAAGGAGCCAACUUCACUGGUUGCAACAACAAAGUCAUUGGUGCAAGAUACUAUCAACUAGACAGCUCUCUUCCUAUAAUGGAUGAUCCAACGCCGGUUGACACUGACGGCCAUGGUACCCACACUGCCUCCAUUGCUGCUGGCAUACCUGUAAAAGGCUCCAGCCUGUAUGGCAUAGCAAAAGGAACUGCUCGUGGCGGCGUACCAUCUGCACGUAUAGCAAUGUACAAAGUGUGCUGGAGUGGCGGAUGCAGUGACAUGGAUUUACUGGCUGCAUUUGAUGAUGCCAUCCGCGAUGGAGUGGACUUGAUAUCCCUUUCAAUAGGCGGUGCUUCCAGGGAGUUUUUCCAUGAUCCGAUUGCUAUAGGAGCUUUCCAUGCGAUGAGAAAAGGAAUUUUGACAUCUUGUGCUGGUGGAAACGACGGGCCUAUGAUCGCAACAAUUCAAAAUGUUGCACCAUGGAUCUUAACCGUGGCUGCUAGCAGCAUUGAUAGGCAAUUUACCUCAACUAUUAAGCUUGGCGAUGGCACGAUAACUUCUGGCAAUGGAAUCAACACAUUUUCGAUGAAAAACAAGAUGUACCCUUUCACAGACGGAGCCCAUGCAACCAAUCUUACUGGCAACAUCUACGGCAAUAGCAGUGCUUGUGACUACGGAACCCUGAGCGAAGACAUAGUGAAGGGAAAGAUUGUUUAUUGCCUAGGGGACGCCGGUCAGGACUAUACAAUCAACACGCUGGGCGGGGCAGGAACCAUAAUGGCUGUUGAUGCAGCAACAGAUUAUUACUUCCUCACUCUUACACCCGCAACCACGGUGGUUCGCAGCAAGAAUGGUGGCAAGCUUGAUCGGUAUAUCAACUGUACCAAGAACCCUCAAGCUGUCAUAUACAAGUCUAGAACUGUUCGUAUGACUGCUCCCUUUGUGGCUUCUUUCUCUUCUAGAGGACCUCAAUUAACAAACCGCAACAUUCUCAAGCCCGAUGUUACUGCUCCAGGACUAAACAUACUGGCUGCUUACACAAAACUGAAGUCAAUAACAGGAGAACCAACUGACCGACGCUAUUCUGCGUUUAACUUUAUGUCUGGCACAUCUAUGGCUUGCCCUCAUGCUUCAGCUGCUGCAGCCUAUGUCAAGUCUUUCCACCCAGACUGGUCGCCAGCCGCAAUCAAGUCUGCUCUCAUGACUACCGCAACACCCAUGAAAAUCAGAGACAAGUAUGGGGAGCUAAGCUCCGGAUCAGGCCAGAUAAAUCCAAUUAGAGCUAUAAACCCUGGGCUCAUCUAUGACAUUAACCAGAGUUCUUAUAUUAGCUUCCUUUGUAAAGAAGGGUACAAUAGCACGACCAUUGGCCUACUCAUCGGUGGCAAGCGAAAAUAUAACUGCUCAAGCUUUAAACCUGCACGGGGCUUUGACGGGCUCAACUAUCCUUCCAUGCACAUUCAUCUCAAUAGUAAUGAAUCUAGAAUUUCAGCAGUGUUCUACAGAACAGUGACAAAUGUUGGAGACGGAAAUUCCGAGUUCAAGGCAAAAGUGACAUCUCCAAAGGAACUUUCGAUCACAGUUAUCCCGAAAACGUUGAAAUUCAAAACGAAGUAUCAAAAGCAAUCUUUCAAAGUUUUGGUGAAGGGCAGCUCAACGAAGAAUGGGACAGUGAUCCUAUCAGCUACCCUUGAGUGGAGUAACGAAGGGCACAGUGUUAAGAGUCCUAUUAUUGUCCUUAAACAGCAGUCAUUCUUUUGA